AAGUGGAUUGGUGGUCGAAUAUCUGGAGUCUCCAGAAGCGCGGCGUUCGGUGGAAGUUCUUCCAAGAAUCACGAGGUUCCGUAAAUAUUUUAUAUCCAGUGGCCGAGAUAUCUGUGAGGUAAAUCUCAAAUUGCAAAUCGCAAAUAUGCAACUACUUAUCCCAGAGAUUGGAAUGACGCGGUGAUAUUGCGUCCUACACGUCAACUUAUGUGACUUUUUUUAUCGAGAUAUUCGUUGUGAGAUAUGUAAGAAUCGUGAGUAGGGAUUCGCGGGUCGACCAGCGAUCAACAAAUAAUAAUGUCGACAAUGGAGGGCUCGCUCAGCAAGUGGACAAAUAUGGUUAAUGGAUGGCAAUACCGAUGGUUUGUUUUGGACGACAACGCUGGCCUUCUGUCUUAUUAUACGAGCAAAGAAAAAAUGAUGCGUGGAGCACGUCGUGGUUGUGUACGACUAAGAGGUGCUAUUAUUGGUAUAGAUGAUGAAGAUGAUAGUACAUUCACUAUCACAACAUCAUCGUGCAAGGAUGAUCCGAAAACCUUUCACUUUCAAACACGCAAUGGAGAGGAAAGAGAACGCUGGAUUCGUGCACUAGAAGACACAAUUCUUCGUCAUUCCAAUGCAAGGUGGGAUCCCAAGAAAUCACUACCCAAGCAAGAUUUUGAUCGAAAAGUAGCUGAGGCUGACGCGUAUCUCCAAUUAUUGAUUGAACAAAUUAAAUUAAUUGAAAAUAAGAAAAGUGCGGCUGAGGAAGACGGGGAAAAGCAGAAAAAAUAUUCAGCUAUCUUGUUACAAGCCAAUGCUAUGCUAAAUUCAGUUAAGCACACCAUUGUUCAGUUACAAAUUGCGAAGAACACAGCAAUACCAGUUAAUGGAGUAUACCGAGGACCAUCUAACUCUAUACAUGUCACGCCACCACUCUCUCAUGUUGCAGCCAGGGCGCCAGAGGCAACAGUGCAAACUGGUAUCGAAUUAGGUUCCGAAUGCGUGGAACCCAGAGUGCCUACACUAUCAAAUGUUGUAGAUAGAGAUCUACCGGUACCACAAUUCUCGUAUUCUUCAUCCGACGAAGACGACGAUUACUUCGAUGCUGCGGACGAGAUACCAACUCCUAUAACCCAGAAUCACAUUACACUACGUUCAGAUAACGAGCGAUUACAUUCAUCCAUGGAAAGUGCCACAAGUGAUAAACGCAAGGAGCCGCCUUUACCGCCUAUCAAAGGUGAUGGAUCUGUAGAUUAUGAUGCUCUUUACGAAGAAGAAAGCGAAACAGAAAUGGAUUCCAUGGAGAGCCAUGGGUCAGUUGUAACACAUCUUCUGUCUCAAGUGAAGAUCGGCAUGGACUUGACAAAAGUUGCCUUACCGACAUUUAUUCUAGAGCGUAGGUCACUCCUUGAGAUGUAUGCGGAUUAUUUUGCUCAUCCCGAUCAAUUUGUAAGCAUUGCAGAUAUGCCUACACCACGAGAGAGGAUGGUGCAAGUAAUUCGUUGGUACCUGUGUAGCUUUCACGCAGGACGUAAAUCUGGUGUGGCCAAGAAACCAUAUAAUCCCAUAUUAGGUGAAAUUUUUCGGUGUCACUGGAACAUACCAAACACCAAUUCCUCCGACAAUAUCACAGAUUUAGGUAGCAAGCUCGUGGCAGAUGGCCCUGUACCAUGGUGCAAAGAGAAUCAACUUGCUUUUCUCGCUGAACAAGUCUCUCAUCAUCCUCCAGUUAGUGCAUUUUAUGCUGAACACGUUGGGAAAAAGAUUAGUUUUGGAGCUCAUGUUUGGACAAAAAGCAAAUUUUUGGGCUUAAGUAUAGGGGUACACAAUGUGGGAAAGGGUUGGGUAAAUGUGCUACAACACGGAGAAGAGUACGUUCUAACUUUCCCUAAUGGUUAUGGCAGAUCUAUCCUCACUGUACCGUGGGUAGAGCUAGGAGGAACUGUAACUAUAAAUUGCCUACAAACUGGCUACCAUGCGACAGUAGAAUUUCUAACGAAACCUUUUUAUGGCGGUAAACGGAAUCGAAUUACUUGUCAAGCGUUUCAAGCAGGGGAUAAGAAGCCGUUUCUGAUCAUAAAUGGAGAAUGGAGUGGUAUGAUGGAAGCAAAGUGGUCGGAUGGUCAGAGAAGUGAGAUUUUCGCAGACGUAAAAGAGCUUGAUACAGAGAGAAAAUUAGUUAAAACAGUAUGUGAGCAAGAAGAGUGCGAGUCGCGAAGAGUCUGGCGUGACGUCACAGUUGGCCUACGUAUUAACGAUAUGGAUAAAGCCACAGCUGCCAAAUGUGCAAUUGAGCAGAAACAAAGAGAUGAAGCGCGCGUCCGAAAGGAGAAUAACAUACCGUGGCAAACGAAACUCUUCAAGGAAACCAAAGACGGUGGUUGGGUGUACAUAAAACCUCUUGUAGACAGAAUACGCAGUUCUAGUGAUCAAACAAAUAUUACGUAACUGUAUUCAGUAUAAUAUUAUGUGAUAAUUUUAGAUAUACAGCACAAUACUAGAAAAGACCAGUGGCCUAAUGCCCAUAAGAACUGUACUACCAGGCUUAAUUCGAAAUAUGCACUUUCACAUCUGGAGAAUUUCUGCAAGUAUUUUUAUGUCCGUAAUAGUCGAUCAAUUAAUUCAGCCGAGAAUAAAGAGGAAACAUUGUUAUUCA